GGAGCUUUUCCCUGCUCGUUCCCAUCGGGCACGCUCUCCCAGGCUGGGUCCCCCGGCUAAUUGCUCAGGAAAUCCGCGCUGCUCAUUGUCGGGCUGUCCUUAAGCUGCAAAUUCCGAGCUGGGAGAGGCUCUGGGAGGGAAUCCAUGGAUAGAGCCCCGCGAGAGGGACCCAGCGGAGACCCGGGGCGGGGCGGGCUCCGCCGCUAAUAACACAUCCCUGCCCAAUGGAAAGCGUUUCCUAUGGAGACCCCCAGGAGUUUCCCCCUGCCCACAGCCCCUGCCCAGACAUUGGGCCCAUUCUUGCGUCCCGUUUUCCCAAGGCACGAUGGCAGCAGCGCUCGGCAGCCCCGAUCCCGCUCGGAACAAAGGCCGGGCAGCUGCCAGCCGGCGCGGAGUUUGGGGAUGAGCGGCUGAACUCGCACAAAGUGGCCAUUCCCGCGUGGGGAUAAGGACUCGUGUCCCAGGGACACAAAGGAGUGUCAGGGAGGGAUCCCGUGGAAGCCCCGAGCCGUGGGAAUGCUGGCGGUCCGGGAUGAAAGGAUCCAUGAGGGAGAUGCGGUAGGAAGGAGUCCAGCCACCUCCCUGGAAUGUGUUCCUUCGGGAAGGGACGAGCUCCUUGCCUUAUUUUAUGGAUGUCACUGAAGUAGACUUUGAGGCCUUUGGAAGCCCAUCCCUGACUUGGCAUGGGAAACCACAGCAACAACCAUACCUGCCUGACAGAUGAUUCCUUCAAGUACAACCUGUACGGAGCCGUGUACAGCGUGGUCUUCAUCCUCGGCUUGAUCACAAACUGCGCCUCCCUCUUUGUUUUCCUCUUCCGGAUGAAGAUGCGGAGCGAGACGGCCAUUUUCAUGACCAACCUGGCGGUUUCAGACUUGCUUUUUGUGUUCACUUUGCCCUUUAAGAUUUUUUACAACUUCAACAGGCACUGGCCCUUCGGGGACAGCCUGUGCAAGAUCUCGGGCACGGCGUUCCUCACCAACAUCUAUGGGAGCAUGUUGUUCCUCACCUGCAUCAGCGUGGAUCGCUUCCUGGCCAUCGUGUACCCCUUCCGCUCCCGCACCAUCCGCACCAGGAGGAAUUCUGCCGUCGUCUGCGCCGGCGUUUGGAUCCUGGUCCUCAGCGGCGGAAUUUCGGCCUCGCUGUUCUCCACGACCAACGUGUCCAACACCAGCACCACCUGUUUCGAAGGGUUCUCCAAAAGGAUCUGGAAAACCUACCUGUCCAAGAUCACCAUAUUUAUUGAGGUGGUGGGAUUCAUCAUCCCUCUGCUGCUCAACCUCACGUGCUCCUCGCUGGUUCUCCGGACUUUACGGAAGCCGGCCACCCUGUCCCAGAUUGGGACGAACAAGGAGAAAGUGCUGAAGAUGAUCAUCGUGCACGUGGCCAUUUUCGUCGUGUGCUUUGUCCCCUACAACUCCAUCCUGUUCCUGUACGCGCUCGUGCGCUCCCAGGCCAUCGCCAACUGCUCCCUGGAGAGGUUUGCCAGGACCAUGUAUCCCAUCACGUUGUGCAUCGCCACCCUCAACUGCUGCUUUGACCCCUUCAUCUACUACUUCACCUCUGAGUCCUUCCAGAAGUCCUUCAACAUCAAACCCCAGAUCAAAAUGGAUUCUCUUUUCAAGACGGAGAUGCCGCUCACAAAGACGGCGCUGCCGGCGCCGCAGGAUGAGAUCAGUGACCAGGCCAUCACCAACGGAGGAGAUCCCACAUCUGAAUCCCAUUUCUAGGGAGAUGUUUACACAGGGAGUUACCCCCCAUUAACUCCUGAUUAACACCACGUGGCAAAGAGCAGCUCCAGAAAAUGGGGGUUCACACGUGGGGUUAAUGAAGAAAAGCUGCUGGGGGACGACAGAUCCUCGCACUGGAUGGUCCCAUCACGUUCCACAGGUGAACAUAAAGCAUGAAAAUCCCAAUGGAUCUCCCUUUGGAGAUUAUGGAUAGGCUACAACACAUGCAUCAACUCAGGAGGGAACAGAACAGCUUCUUUAACCAGAAGAUGCCAAUAUUUGGCAUUUUCCCCCCUCAGCAGUUGACAUGGGACCAGUUGGGAAAUAGAAAAUUUCAUUUUCUUAGAGAUUCCUGCCAAUAUUUCUGCCUCUUGCAGGUGCAUCCUCAUAUGUUAACUCAGUAACUUCCCACAAUAUUGUAUGUUUGCUUACAAAGGCAUAAUAAAAGCUUGUGGCUUUUCCUUACUCCAC